CUCUGAGGCCCGUCGGUUGUAUCCGCGCUUGAAAUAUAUUUCUCCACAAUAAUCGAAGAUCAGACCCCCACCCCAUUCAAAGUGUUUUCCUCUUUGUAAUUUUAUUUUUAUUUGCUCUUCCCUAUCCCACCUUUCGGCCGACACACACACACACACACAAAAUGCGUCGCGCAGACGCUUUUGCUGUGACCGUUUGUGCGAGUCUCGCGCUGCUGCAGAUGAUGGAACCGGUAAAAUGCGAGGGCAAAUACACCAUUGUCGGGCCCGGAACCAUACACUCGCAUCGCGAUUACAAUGUGGCCGUGGCCGUUCAUCAGACCUCAGAGCCGGUGACCCUCAAAAUUGGCAUCACAGGACCCUCGUUCAAUGAAACCCAAACGGUGGAGCUUGCCAAGUCAGAUGGGUUCAAGCAGAUCACCUUCAAGCUGCCUCCCCUCGAGACGGGGGAGUACAAUCUGACAGCCGAGGGCAUAUCGGGUCUGAAGUUUGAGAACACAACAAAACUCAACUAUGACGACUUUAAACCGUACAUUAAGAUACAGACGGAUAAGGGAAAGUACAAGCCCGGCGAUACGAUCAAUUAUCGAGUCAUCUUCCUGGAUGAAAACCUGAGACCGGACACGGCCGAGGACAAUGUGGUUGUGUGGUUUGAGGACUCCAAGCGCAAUCGCAUUAAGCAGGAGAAGCACAUUAAGACCAUAAGUGGCGUUUACACCGGAAAGUUUGAGCUCUCCGACUUUGCCACGCUGGGCACAUGGACACUUUUGGUGCAGAAUGGCGAAGGCCAGCAGGGCCGCUCAUUUUAUCCGGGUGGACGGCACUUUGGCCACUGGCAUCGCACAGAUGAGCGUGUCUCCUUUGAGGUGGAGAAGUAUGUGCUGCCCAAAUACACAGUAAAAAUGGAUGCCACACAGCAGGUGUCUGUACGCGAUGGUGACAUGAAUGUUGUGCUGAAGGCCAACUACACCUAUGGCAAGCCUGUCAAUGGCAAGGUUUUGGUCAAUGUGCAUCUGGAUGAGACCAGUGUGUGGGAGAAUGUGGAUGGAAAGACUGUGCGCACUGAUUUCCCCGCCCACUCGGUAAUUGGCACCGCGGACAUGGUCAAUGGGAAGGCCAAGUUGGACUUUAAUCUGAAGGAGUUUGCCAGCUAUUUGCCACACAAAACAUCCUCGGCAUAUGCCCAGAUUACGGCAACUGUCGAGGAGGACUUUACGGGCGUAAAACUGAACGAAACUGGUGGAGUUCAAAUUUAUCCGUAUCGCUAUGAGAUGUCCUGCCCGGACUUCUCUUCCUGCUACUCAUUCAAGCCUGACAAGGAGCACGAACUUGUCUUUAAGAUCACUCUCGUUGAUGGCACUUUACUGACAGAUACCAAGUCGCCAGUCAAGGCAAGGUUCACAGAAGGCAUACGUCGCACCUAUGGCUUCUAUCACUAUGGCAGUGAGGAAAAACAGCCUGAACUGCCGGAGAUAGAGAAGAAAACGUUCGAGUUUGAGAGUCAUUUGAACGAGUCGAGUCUGGUGACCUUCAAGGUCACACUGCCCGAUCUGCCGGACAUGGAAAAUUAUACGCGCUACUACGGCAUUGAUCUGGAGUUUGCCGAUGAAAAGCGGGAGCUCUAUACCACCUAUCCCUACAGGGAGCCGAAGAAAAUCGAUCCGACCGACUCCAGCGAGGAGGAAAAGGAGAAGGAGUGGUUCAAGGCCGAAGUGAAAAGACCAAAGGACACCUGGAACUUGAAGAUUGGCGAGGAGUACCAAGUAACCCUGAACUCCAGUCGGCCACUCACAUACUUUUUCUACAACAUAAUUGGACGUGGCAAUGUGCUGCAGACAGAGCGAGUGGAUCUGGCCGAACCCCAGAAUGUCUACAACAUUACACUAAAGCCCACCUUCCUGACUGCGCCCCAUGGCCGCAUCUAUGUGUACUAUGUGGAUGAGACGGGAGAGUUCCGGUAUGCCGAGGACACCUUUAGCGUUGAGGUUGAACUGCAGAACAAAAUUGAGAUCACAGCGCCGGAGGAGGUUAAGCCGGGUGCCGAUGUUGAGCUGGAGAUCAAGACACCGCCCAAGUCAUUUGUUGGCCUGCUGGCUGUGGAUCAGAGCGUACUGCUGCUGGGCGGUAAUAACGAUUUGGACAAGGAUUCCUUCAACUGGAGGCUAGGUGGUUAUGAUACAUCCACACCCUGGCAGGGUGGCUAUUCCUACUAUCCUGGCGAUCGCAGCGGCGUGGUUACCAUGACCAAUGCAUAUUUCUUCUACAAUCGCACCGCACCUGUUAGCUAUCCACGUAAGUUGGACGGUGUGGCUUUUAGCGGUGGCACCGUCUCGGCCAUGCGGAAGACAGCGAUCGCGCAGGAUGCUCCUAUGUACCACACAACAACCUCAGCCUUGGGUGCUGUUCCAGCUGCAGGAUUCUCUGCAGAAUCAGCCUCUGCUGCCGCUCCAGUGGUGCGCAAGAACUUUGCCGAGACUUGGAUAUUCGCAGAUAUUGAAAAUACAGAGACGGAGAUCUUCAAGUGGGUGAAGACCAUUCCCGACACGAUCACCAAUUGGGUGCUCACUGGAUUCUCGCUGAACGCAGAGAAGGGACUCGGCGUGACCGAUCAUAAGGUGAACGUUAAGACGUUCCAGCCCUUCUUCGUGUCCAUCCGUUUGCCCUACUCCGUGAAGCGUGGAGAGCUCAUCAAUGUGCCAGCUUUGGUCUUCAACUAUUUGCCCAAGAAUUUGGAUGUGGAGCUGACGCUGGACAAUCAGGAUGAUGAGUUUGAGUUUGUGGAUGCCUCCAACGAGGUUAUUGGCGAUCAAAAGCGCACUCAGGUCAUUCGAGUGGGUGCCAACGAGGCGGCGGUUGCCUCAUUCCUCAUUCGCCCGAAGGUUAUUGGAAAUAUUUUGCUGAAGUUUACAGCCAUCUCGCCCUUGGCCGGCGAUGCUGUGCACAAGUCACUAAAGGUUAUCCCCGAAGGCAUCACAAAGUAUCAGAAUCGCGCCUACUUCGUCAAUCUGAAGGAUGUGGGAGAGUACAAGAACACCUUUGAGCUGGAGGUGCCAGAGGACAUUGUUCCGGACUCGCAGCGCGUGGAAUUCGGACUCGUUGGCGAUCUGCUUGGACCUGUGAUCAAAAAUCUGGAGAAUCUGCUGAGAUUGCCCAGCGGUUGUGGCGAGCAGACCAUGUCCAAGCUGGUGCCCAACUACUUGGUAAGGGACUACCUGAAGAGCAUCAAGAAGUUGACACCCGCCAUAGACACACGCAUCAAGGGAAACCUGCAGGAGGGCUACCAGAAUAUGCUGCACUAUCGUCACGAUGAUGGCAGCUUCAGCUCCUUUGGCCCUGGCAAAUGGCGGGAGGAGGACCUUGAACGCAAUGGCUCCACUUGGCUGACCUCCUAUGUGCUGCGCUCGUUUAGUAAGAUCAAAGAGAUCAUUGAUUUGGAUGAGAAAAACUUGGAGAGUGGCUACGAAUUCCUGUUGAGUCGUCAGGUCGAGAAUGGCAGCUUCACCGAUGCAGGAGAAUACUUCUAUGGAUCACAGCGCUCCUCUCUGACCCUCACAGCCAACGCUCUGCUGGCGCUGCUCGAGCAGGACAAGAAGAACCAGACAGCCAUCGACAAGGCUGUGGCAUAUCUGAGCGCCGAAACGGAGAAGUCCGAGGAAUUGCUGCCCAAAUCCAUUGCGAUUUAUGCACUGCAGAGGGCAAAGGCUCCAGACGCAGCUAAACAUGUGGCAAGCCUCAAAGCCCUGGCACAGCAGGAAGAAGAUCGCACUUGGUGGACGGAGGACACGGAGAAGCUGCGUGCUUCCAGCGGCUGUCGCCGUUGGUGGUGCUGGGUGUGGAGCCACGACGUGGAGAUCACAUCGUAUGCUCUGCUCACACUGCUGGAAUCGGAGCAGGAGACACCGGAUUCGGUUUUGAACUCGAUUCGCUGGCUGGUGGCACAGCGCAAUAGUUUCGGAGGAUUUGCCUCCAGCCAGGACACGGUUGUGGGUCUGCAGGCUCUGAUCAAGUUCGCCCAGCAGUCGGGCUAUGAAGCAGCCAAGUGGGAGGUGAAUGUCUCGAACAAGGGCAAGCGAGAGAAAUCCGAGAAGCUGAGCACAUCGGAGGAGAACGAUUUGGUGCUGCAGACUGUCGAGUUUCCACAGGGCACCAAGUCGCUCGAGUUCGAGGCCAAGGGCACAGGAGCAGCUCUCGUCCAGAUCAGCUAUCAAUACAAUGUGGUGGAGAAGGAAGCAAAGCCCAGCUUUAAAAUCCAAACCAUCGUUAAGCCAGAAUCCACGCCAGCCAAGCUGGAGCUGACCGUGUGUGUGGAGUACGUGGAGGAGGGCAAGUCAAAGGCCUCCAACAUGGCCAUACUAGAGGUAUCCCUGCCGUCUGGCUACACCGCCGAUGAAGAUAGCUUUAAGGACAUCCAAGCCAUUGAGCGUGUCAGGUUGGUGGAAACCAAGAAUGGCGACUCUGUGAUUGUUGUCUACUUUGAGAAUCUGCUGCGGGAUGAGCUCAAGUGCAUACCCUUCGAGGCAUUCAGAACCCACGCGGUGGCCAAUCAGAAACCCGCACCCGUUGUCCUCUACGACUAUUAUGAUACGAACAAGAAGGCCACCGAGUUCUAUCAAAACGAAUCGAAGCUCUGUGACAUUUGCGAAGACUCUGAGUGCAAGAGCAAGUGUUAAGUUAAGCUAUCUGAACCAAAUUUACUGAUUAUCUGAUUUUCAAUCACUUAUAAAUAAAGAAUGCAAUAAUGUGAUUAUAAUGGAA